AUGGCUGCUUUAGGUACCCUGCUCCGCACAGGUGCCCGGAGGCUGCACGGCAGCGCGGCGGCGCGGGUGGGGAGUGAGUGGAGACUCCAGCAGGGCAUGGCCGCCAACCCCUCGGGCUACGGGCCCCUGACGGAGCUUCCAGACUGGUCCUACGCGGAUGGCCGCCCUGCUCCUCCGAUGAAAGGCCAGCUUCGAAGACUAGCCCAAAGAGAGAAAUUCGCAAGACGAGUUGUACUGCUGUCACAGGAAAUAGAUGCUGGAUUAGAGGCAUGGCAGCUCAAGCAGCAGCAGAAGGUGCAGGAAGAAGAACAGAAGAAGAAAAACGCUCUUAAACGUAAAGGGGCUGCUCGGCAGAGCCCAUCGCCACGUCAAUAA